AGUACACAAUUUCUCCAAUAGAUAAUUCAUGAAUAAUUCAAGCUUUCAUUUUAUUAAUCACGGUCAUCUUUCUUUGAUGACUCAUCUACAUGUUUUAAAAUCUUUCUUCAGCAGCCUAAUUCGACCCACCUACACCUUUUUCACACACUGUUUUGUUUUUUCCCAGCUAAAAAGGUAUUUUCUUUGAUCAAUAAAGUUCAUGAAAAUUUACCAUCAACUUACACAUACACGUCCAUGACCCAGAAAAAAGAUUGAAGUUUCUUAGAAAAUAACCUGCAACUUCUUAUCAUGUGCAUUCUCUCUCUAAAUAGUACAGAGGGGGAGAGAUAUUUGUAAGUAUCAUAAUCACACCCAUAAAUUUUGCAUUCACAAAUUAGCAAGCCUCAAUGGAUGCAUUUCCUUCUUCUUCAUCUUCUUCUUCUUCGCCUCGAUGGAACUAUGACGUCUUCUUGAGUUUUAGAGGUGAAGAUACCUGCAAGAACUUUGUGGACCAUCUCUAUAUGGCUCUGCAACAGAAAGGAAUUCACACCUUCAAAGAUGAUGAGAAACUUCAAAGAGGAAAAUCGAUUUCUUCAGAACUCCUCAAGGCAAUUAAGGAAUCGAAAUUUGCAAUCAUCAUUUUUUCGAAAAACUACGCAUCGUCCUCUUGGUGUUUGGAUGAACUCAUACAGAUCAUUGAAUGUAGGAAUAAAGUGGGACAAACAAUUUUGCCAAUUUUCUACAACGUCGAUCCCUCACAAGUACGGAAACAAAAGGGAAGUUUUGCAGAAGCAUUUGCCAAACAUGAGGAAAAUUUUGGAGAGGAGGACAAGGAAAAGGUGCAAAAGUGGAGGGCAGCUUUGGUAGAGGUAGCAAAUUUAAGCGGGUGGGAUUUGAACGAUGUAGCAAAUGGGCAUGAGGCGAAAUGUAUCCAAAAAAUUGUUCAAGAGAUUAUAAAAAAAUUGAAACAUAUACCAUUAUAUGUUGCCAAGUAUGAAGUGGGGAUAGAUUCUCGUGUCAACAAAGUGAUCGCUUUGCUAAAUAAUGGGUCAAAGGAUGUGUGCACUGUGGGAAUUUGUGGAACUGGGGGAAUAGGAAAGACAACCAUAGCCAAAGUUGUCUUCAAUCGAAUAUUUCAUCAAUUUGAAGGUUGUUGUUUCCUUAGUGAUGUGAAAGAAGUUUCAGAACGACAUAAUGGUCUAACUAAUCUGCAACAACAACUUUUGAAUGACACCCUAAUGGAAGAAGAUAUAAAGAUGUCUAAUGUUCACUACGGGAUCAAUGUGAUAAAGAGAAGAUUACGUUACAAGAAGGUCCUGGAAGUUCUCGACAACGUGGAUAGUUUGAAGCAAUUAGAAAGUUUGGUUGGAGCAAAUGAUUGGUUUGGUUUUGGAAGUAGGAUCAUUGUAACAACCAGAAAUGAACGUUUAUUGGUGGAGAAUAAAGUAGAUGAAAUGUACAAGGUUGAGUUGUUGAAUGACGAUGAAUCUCUUCUACUUUUUAGUUGGUAUGCUUUCACUAACAACCAUCCCUUGGAGGAUUAUUUGGAACUCUCGCGAAGUGUGAUAAAUUAUGCCCAAGGCCUUCCAUUAGCUCUUCAAGUUUUGGGUUCUUUUUUAUUUAAAAGAAGUCUAGAAGAAUGGGAACAUGAAUUGGAUAAUUUGAAAAGAAUUCCUAAUAAACAAAUUCAUGAUGUUCUUAAGAUAAGUUUUGAUGGCCUUAACGACACAGAGAAGGAUUUAUUCCUUGACAUUGCUUGUUUCUUCAAAUGGUAUGAUAAAGAUUAUGUAAUGGAUAUAUUGGGUAGUAAUGGGUUUCACCCACGGAUUCCAAUUCUUAUUGAACGGUCAUUGAUAACUAUCUCAUCAUACAAUAAGCUUUGCAUGCAUGAUUUGUUACAAGAAAUGGGUAAGGAAAUUGUUCGUCAAGAAUCACCUGAUGAUCCUGGCAAACGAAGUAGGUUGUGGUUUUAUGAAGAUAUCUAUAAAGUGUUUAGAGAGAAUACGGUGACCGAAACAAUUAAAGGCAUUAUGCUACACAUGCCUCAUCGUCAUCUACAAGAGAUAUUAUAUGUAAAUGUUGAUGUCUUUGAGAAGAUGAAGAAACUAAAACUGCUUAAACUCAGUGGGAUAAGACCUUGUGGACACCUUACAUAUAUUUCAAACGAAUUAUGUUAUCUCGAUUGGGAUGAAUAUCCUGCAAAGUUUUUGCCAUCAAAUUUCCAUCCAAAAAAUCUUGUUCGACUUCGCCUUUGUCAAAACCAAAUCAAAGAAAUAUCAUCAAGUAUCAAGUUUCUAGAGAAGUUAAAAUACCUUGAUCUCGGUCUCUCCUUAAAUUUGUAUAAAACUCCUGACUUGUCUAGUCUCCCGUAUCUAGAGAAAUUAAAUCUUUAUGGAUGUAAAAAUCUAAAUGAGGUCCACGAGUCGAUUGGAGUACACGAGAGGCUUGUUAGUUUGGAUCUGGGGCACUGUAGAAAUUUGAGGAGUCUCACAAAAAGCAUCAAGUUGGAAAAGUUGGAAUCUUUGAAUCUAUCAGGAUGCUUAAAACUUGAGAAGUUUCCGGAGAUUCAGGGGCGUAUGGAUCGUUUGCGGAAACUUUAUUUGCACGAAACUGCAAUAAAAGGUUUGCCUUCAUCAAUUGAGCAUCUUGAAGGGCUUCAGAAAUUAUCGGUAGGUGAUUGCCGAAGGCUUAAAAGGGUUCCAAGCAACAUUUUUUCUAGAAUGAAGGAUUUAAAAUCCCUUCGCAUGGGAGGAACCGCUGUAGAACAGUUACCAUCGUCCAUUGUGCAGUUGUGUAACCUUAGUAACCUUAAUCUAAGUGAUUUACAAAAAAGGUCUCCCAAAAGGCCAAAUUCAUUGGUGCCAUUUUCAUUGGUGCGAAAGAGAACUCCUCCUGCUUCAACUAAUUAUUUGCAACUGGAUAAACUGCUCUCCGCUUUCAGCCGUACUUUAUCUAUUUUAGAUUUAAGUGGAAAUAAUUUGUCUAGCUUACCAACAAGCCUCAUUCAACUCAAAUGUCUGGGAUACCUUCAUUUGAAACAUUGCACAAGCCUCCGAAGGUUGACUUCACUUCCGUCAUCUAUUUAUUAUGUGAAUGCACAUGGCUGCAAAUCAUUGGAAAGGUAUUGGAUUCCACCAAGUGGAAUUAGUCCAAAGAAUCGCCAAUUCAGAUUCACUGAUUGCCACAAAUUGGUUAUGGAUGAGAUGGAUGAGAUGCCAAAUAUAUCAUCACAAACUCAGCUUCAGGGAAUUCGAUGGAUCGUUUUUCCAGGAAGUGAGAUUCCGCAAUGGUUUAGGCAUAAGAGUGAAGUUGAGGGGUCUUCUUUGUCUUUGGUGGUAGAUCAUCUAUCUUCUUACAAUAACGUCAAAGGAAUUGUCAUCUGUGCUGUUUUGGAAUCUGAUGCAAUUGACUCGUAUAUUGAAUUUGAUCUCAAAAUCAACGGUUAUGGCGUGAACUGGGUGGAGGACUUUUGGAGGUGUAAAGGCAAUCACGUUAUUUUGACGAGCGUAACUAAAUGUUACGAUGAAGCUCAGCCCAGGCCCACCCAAUCGAUUAAAAAUUUGAUGAAGAAGAGAACAAAGCUCAGCCAAGGCCCUCCCAAUAUUUGUGAUGAUGCCAGCUGUUACAUUCAGGCUUCAGUUUUCUCAAAAAACUGCAUAAGUGGCACUAGACAAGACAAGAAGGUGAAGAAAAUGGGUAUCCAUCUAAUUAUGGAGGAGCAAGGUGAAGGUGAGUAGACCCACCCAAUAAUCAUCAUAUCAUUCUUUCAUCACAUACGCGAACGUGAAGAAAAGAAGGUGAAGAAAAUGGGUCUCCAUCUAAUUAUGGAGGAGCAAGGUGAAGGUGAAUGUGAAGGUGAAGGUGAAGGUGAAUGUUAACACAGAGAAAUCCUAGAAGACAUUUGUAUGUUUGUGGAGCACCAUCCUAGCAUUAAGAGGCAAAGAAAGGAUCAUUUGGAUACUUUUGAUUGUCAUUUUUGUAUACAAGAAGCUCUGUCUGUUGUAAUAACAAUUUCGUGAUUGAAAAUGUUUUGUUGGUACGUACCAAAAUCUUUUUGGUCAUAUAAUUUCACAUUGACUUCUGAAAUUUUUUAUUUAUAAUGAUCACAUGUCAUAUUACAAAGGGUAAAUUACAUAGAGAC